UUCAAGUUACAAGUUACAACACAGCUCACUGACCACCAUACCGACCGGUGUAGCUGCCUGCUCAACUUCUGCAAACGCGAGCAUGCUUGAGAAAGUCUCAUGUGACAACAUGGUCAACCGAAUACCUCCGGGUCGAAGGCGACCACCCCCGAGUAUUUCUCAAUCCAACCAAUCAUGAUCCGAAUCAUGUACGCAUGUUAGUCGUAGAUGAUGACGACCCGUCGAUUGGCGAGACCUCUGCGUUUCCUACCGCAAGCCUCACUUUGCGAUGUUCUAGCGCAGUGCGGACUUCACGUGCGGCGGCAGCUGCAGUGCUUUUCAAUUGAAUGGACCAAUUUGGAGAGUCACGCAUCAGCCUCAGUCGUCUCGGCACCUGAGCGCAUGGACGCCAUAGUCGGUCAGCUGCUACCUCGGUGGCCGGACGUCAACGACAAGGGUACGGUGCCAUGGCUCCAAGCUGUCAGGUUGCCAUCCAACGCGCCGGACCUUUGUUUCGAAUUGUUCUUGUGUCGGUUCCUCGAUCAUUUUCACGUCUUGCCAUGCUGCGGCACAGCCGAACAGCACCCCGUGGACAUGGUAGGAACAAAGCUAUGGCGAUGUAAUGCCUGAGUCCUGCUGUAGCCAUGUCCUGGUCGCACAUUUAUCAUACAAUUUCUCUGUAGGACCAAUGAACUUCCUACA